UCUACCUGAAUGACAGUCUACGAAUGAGCGAAGGACAAAACACGACUCAUGAAUUAGCAGUUGGUGAUGAAAAUAUGAGAGAUAUUCGCGAUGGCAUUGAAUAUGUUGUGUAUGAAUCAGAGAGGCAAAUGCCCGACAUAAUGCGCCUCAUAACUAAAGAUCUUUCAGAACCAUAUUCCAUUUACACAUAUCGAUACUUCAUUCACAAUUGGCCAAAAUUAUGUUUUUUGGCCAUGGAUGGAGAUACGUGUGUUGGUGCUAUUGUUUGCAAGCUGGACAUGCACAAGAAAAUGGUGAGAAGAGGCUACAUUGCAAUGCUGGCAGUUGAUCAAAAUUAUCGGAGGAAAAAGAUAGGCUCAAACCUUGUGACUAAAGCUAUCCGUGCAAUGAUAACUGAUCAUUGUGAUGAGGUUGUGCUCGAGACGGAAAUCACGAACAAGGCUGCACUAAAUCUUUAUGAAAACCUGGGCUUUGUUAGAGACAAGAGAUUGUUUAGAUAUUAUUUAAAUGGGGUUGACGCUCUCAGACUCAAACUGUGGCUGAGGUAGCGUGCUUUGGUGGAUCAUUUAGUUAUAACUCUGUGUUACUUUGUUAGAUCUGUUUGUUAUUACCUCUUGAAAUCCUAGUGCAUUCGGCUGGUGUAAUAGCCCAAGAACAACUGUCAUGAAGAGAGCAUCAAAAGUCUUGUUGUUUAUGCAUAGAAACCAAGUUACAGAUUGUCAAAGCUAUCUUUGCUGUACAAUAUUAUAAAACCACUGUAGGCUAUAACAUCUCUAUCACACACACAAUAGUCUAUGAUGGUUUUUACAAUAUCUUGGUACAAUAUUGUAAAACCACUGUAGGCUAUAACAUCUCUAUGACACGCACAAUAGUCUAUGAUGGUUUUCACAAUAUCUUGGUACAAAGAUUGCUUUGAAAAUUUAAAAAAAAAAAAAUAUACAUAUAUAUAUAUAUUUUUUUAAUAUAUAUAUAUUUUUUCAUUCUGCCAGAAUUGUAAAAAUGAUGAAUGAUGUAAUUUGGUUAUUUUUGGAUUCCGUCAUAUAAUCUUAUGUUUUCAACAUAAAAUCUGGCAUUCACAGAAACACGAAAUACUGCUAAAUUUGCAGCCUGGCAAUAAUCAUCUACCUACUCAGUGUUUCUGCCAGAAAGAAAUUUUUGGGUAUGGCACUAUGGAAUUGAAUGCAACCACAGUUAACAGGGGGUAUGGGGGGGACCUCCCCCAGAAAGAAAAUGGGUUAAGUUUAGGGUUAGGAUUAAGAAAAUCAUAGAGUAAUUAAUUUUGUCAAAAAGUUAACUUAAAAAAAUUAAAAUCUGCCAUAAUAUUUAAGUAUGGCGCUAUACCCCUUUUACCCUCUGGCAGAAACCUUGCUGCUUAACACGGUGCAGUACAUAGUAUGUCAUACCCUUUUUAUGAGAUGGUCCUUUAAUCCAUUGGAUAUUUCCUUGUUGUUCAUAUACUCUAUGUAAACUAACAAUGUCAGACAAGUCGGUGGGUAUAUCACAUAUUAGUGAUAAUCUAGCAGCAGUUUAUCGCUUUGCUUCGAUCCCUUGAUACUUGGAAAUACCAGGUAGUGAUGAUUUUCAGGCUCACCUUCCAUGGGUUCACUUUAAAAAAAAACAUUUUUUUUUUUUAAAUUGUAGAACUGAUUGUUGACAUACUACUUCUGGUAUGUUGUUAAACAGGAAGGUGGGUCUGGUGUGAUGUAGAUAUGUAUAGAGCUUGCCUGGUGUGCAGGGGGUUGUAGGAUCCAUUGCCAUCAGUGGACUUGUUGGCGGUUUUCAACAUCUAAGGCUUACUUUGUAUUAAUGUGAUUCAGCAUGUGGUAAAUCAGUUUUUUCCAUAUCUGCGUUUUUGCAAGCAGAUUUCUAUAUAAAAGUUAACAUCAUCAGCAUGUUAAUGGAUGGCAGGCCUAACAGUGCCAUGAUGAUGUGUGUAAUCCUGUCUGGGAAAAUGCAUAUCAUAUCACAUCUGUUGUUGCUACCCAGUAGAAAUAGUCUCUAGUGUCAGUGAAUUAAUUCGGUUAUCUGAGUUGGUAGAAUUUAACUCACUUGUUUUCUCCAUCCCAACCAGUGCACUAUGACUGCUAUAUCAAAGGCUGUGGUAUGUGCUGGCCUGUCUGUUAUAAAAUACAUAUACAGUGAAACCCCUGUAAACCGGACACCCUUGGGACCAAGACAAAUGUCUGGUUUUAAGAGGGAUCCAGUUUAGAGAGGUUAAGUUUUGUCCUGGUUUUUAAAAAGGGACUGGGUAAGAUAUCCGGUUUUGAGAAAAUUCCGGUUUACAGAGGGUCCGGUCUUGAGAGGUUUCACUGAGUGGCAAGGUUUCCCUUGCCACUUUUGAAAUAAUGUAGCAAGUUUCCACCAAGGACUGCAUUUCCGCAUUGCCAAAUGUUUGACAUCAAUAGUUUUUAAACAUGUAUUAAAUUGGAACAUGUACAUUAAUUUUUUAAUGACUUUUUUAUCAGUGGUUCAAGAAGUAACAGGUUAAGACAUCAGUGUUUCAUGUUUGAUAAUAAUUUAGAUCAAAUCAAUAAAACCUGUGGUCAUUUUAGUCCCAUACAUGGUGUGUGUUUGAGUGAGAAUUUGUUUGUUUGUUUGUGUGUUUGUGUGUGUGUGUGUGUGUGUGUGUGUGUGUGUGUGUGUGUGUGUUUUGUCGGUAACUUGUCAUUGAGCUAUUCUAUAUAUGAAGUGUCGGGUUUUUUGUUGUCUGUUUAAUUGUAAUUUUAAAGACAAAAUACCAACCACUUGUGUAAAAUUUAUGUGAAAAUAGUGCAUAUUUGAAGCUGUUCUUUGGAUAGGAGAUGUAAAAAAAAUAUCUGUAAAGGAUGUGUGUAUGUAUUUAAAUAACUACUACAGAGGUCAUAUAUGUACGUAUAUAAGUAGAUUUGCCACAGAGUUCAAACACAACUCAGUUAUGCCUAUAAUAUACAACACAGAACUUGCACUAUUAAUAUUACUUGUUCUGUUUGAUGAAAUAAAGGUUCAUGAUUAAA